AUGGAAAAAACAUCUUUAAUUAUACUGUAUCGUUCUAAAGUAUCUUUAUUGUCAGUGUUUGUUUCUUUAACUUUAUUUUCUGAAUAUUUACUUUCUCUUUCAUCAAUUUCGAUUUCUUUUAUCAUUAAAGGGGUAUACUUAAAAAUUUUUUCUAAAAAUAUUUUAAAAUUAAUUAAAGAAACAUGUAAUUAA